GCCUGUUUCCUGCCAUUCUCAAUCUUGCCAGCAAUGCUCACAUCAGCACCAAUGCAACCUGUGGGGAGAAGGGACCUGAGAUGUUCUGCAAACUGGUGGAGCACGUGCCUGGUCGACCUGUGCGGAACGCGCAAUGCCGGAUUUGUGAUGGCAGCAGCGCCAACCCCAAAGAACGCCAUCCAAUAUCAAAUGCGAUAGAUGGCACCAAUAACUGGUGGCAAAGUCCCAGUAUUCAGAACGGGAGAGAAUAUCACUGGGUCACAAUCACUAUGGACUUAAGACAGGUGAAGUUAAGUGGUAUACAGAAGUAGUACAUAGUACCAUUUCUUGUCACGUUUAUCAUUCCCAGG